CAGCGAGGCGGGGUUAAUGAUUUGAGCAAAGAAGGAACCUUUGUUUCGAUUCAUGAAUGUACGCACGCGUUAUGAGGUCUGCCAUGCUGGCCCCUCUUUUUUUCCUGCUCUUGACAGCAAGAAGUGGUGCAACAGGGAAGGAGUUUAACCAGAAACCCAACUUUGUUCUAAUAAUCGCUGAUGACUUGGGGAUUGGUGAUGUAGGAUGCUAUGGUAAUGACACAAUUAGAACUCCAAAUGUCGACAGACUUGCUUCUGAGGGGGUGAAGCUAACGCAGCACAUUGCAGCUGCUCCACUCUGUACCCCAAGCCGUACUGCUUUUAUGACUGGCCGUUAUGCAAUCCGCUCAGGAAUGGUUAGCACAGGGCGUGUCCAGGUGUUGCUGUUCCUUGGAGGUUCAGGAGGGCUUCAUCCCACUGAGACCACCUUUGCAAAGAGGCUGCAGCAGCAAGGAUACACUACUGGUCUAGUGGGUAAAUGGCACUUGGGUGUGAAUUGCAAACACCGAGGGGAUCACUGUCAUCACCCAAACCAGCAUGGCUUCAGCUACUUCUACGGUCUGCCAUUCACCCUGUUUAAUGACUGUUUACCUGGAGAGGGCAGCGAUGUGCUGGUAGAUCUCCAGCAGACACUCCAAAAUUUGACCAUGUUGCUCGGAGUCGGAUUCAUCACUAUAGUGUGCGUUCAUGUAUGCGGCCUUUUUAACAUCAGCCUGUGGCUCCUGGUACUGCUUUUCCUUCUCUGCAUCCUAGCAACUGCUGUGUGGUAUGUGCCCUUUCAUUUCUUGUCAACAUGGAACUGCAUCAUUAUGAGGAACCAAGAAGUAAUCGAACAGCCGAUGACCUUGGAGACGCUGCCCCAGAGAUUGCUGGGAGAGGCACAAAACUUUAUAAAGAGGAAUGUGGAUCGUCCAUUCCUCCUAGUCUUCUCAUUGGCCCAUGUCCAUACGCCAAUGUUUAAAACACCACAAUUUGCUGGCAAAAGUAGGCACGGUGCCUAUGGUGACAAUGUAGAGGAAAUGGACUGGAUGAUUGGUAAAAUUACAGAGACAGUGGAUUCCCUCGGCAUUGCCAACAAUACUCUCAUGUACUUUACUUCGGAUCAUGGCGGACAUCUGGAGGAUGGUAAUUUGAAGACCGGGCAAAAAGGAGGCUGGAACGGCAUCUAUAAAGGUGGGAAAGCUAUGGGGGGUUGGGAAGGGGGGAUCAGGGUACCUGGUAUUUUCCGCUGGCCGAGCAGACUGACAGCAGGAAAAGUGGUGGAUGAACCCACUAGCCUCAUGGAUCUGUACCCCACCCUUAAAUAUUUAGCCAAGGACACACAGCCAGACAGACAAUCAGAUGGCUAUAACCUCAUGCCGCUGUUGGAGGGAAAAGUUGCACGAUCAGAGCAUGAUUUCAUGUUCCAUUACUGUGGCACCUACCUGAAUGCAGUACGCUGGCACCCACCUGGCAGUGACUCUGUCUUCAAGGUGCACUUUUUCACUCCCAACUUUUUCCCUCCGGGAGCCGGUGGCUGCUAUGACAUAAAGGUUUGCCUGUGUCACGGAGAGUAUGUGACCUACCAUAACCCACCGCUGCUGUAUGACCUCUUCCAUGAUCCCGCAGAGUCGCACCCCUUGACCCCUGAUACUGAGCCACGGUAUGCUGAAAUCCUUGAGCAGACUGCCAAAGCCGUGGAGAGGCAUAAAAGCACCCUCACAAACAAACGGGCAUCUGCUGAUGCUCACACAGAAGCCAGCACAGCUGGACAGAGCAUUGAAAUCCAACUGGCUUGGGACAAGAUUUUGUGGCGACCCUGGCUUCAGCCUUGCUGUGGGACUUUUCCAUUCUGUGGAUGCAAAGAGACCUAUGAAAAAAAGUUAGAACAAACAGCUUCGGUUUACUGAAGGUCUUCUCUGAUAAAUCCAUAAAAAAGUCUAAUAAAUAGAUUUAGUGCUUUAGUUUUUAUAGAUUAGGACACUUUCAUUGGAUUUCUAUCAGCUCCAGUGUUAAGUGCAUUUAAAGAUAGCAACUGAUUGUGUGGAAAUGAAGAGAGAAGCUGAAUAAAAAAGUCCAUAUUUCAAAAUAAAAAAUAAAGUAAGAAAACUGAAAAACUACAAAUAAAAUUAAUUUGAAAUAAUCCAGAAUCAAGUGAAGUAGUGUUGAAAUGGACCAAAGACUCCACUUGACUAUACCUGUACAUCCGUAGGGCAUACUGCAGACUCUCUUCAUUUGGUGCUCUUUAUUUGUAAAAGGGAAAGUGGCUUCAGGGUAUAGUGGUUAACAAAUACACCUUACAGUCAAAAGAUUCCCGGUUUGAGACCGGAAGGUGACACAAAUCGGCCUCAGGGGAUCACAAGCUAGUGUAAAGAAGGAAUCGAAACUACCUUUUUAUUUUAUAAUAGGAAAAACUUUAGCAGCUCCUGUUAUAUAAAUAAGCAUACUGAGUUUGAAUAACUCGUCUCUGUGCGCUUUCCUUCUCUUUCUUGUUACUCCAACUGGUCGAGGCAGAUGGCCGCACUCCUUGAGUCGGGUUUUGCUGGAGGUUUGUUCGUCUUCAAAGGGAAUGUUUAUUUGCUUUAAUCUACUGAAGUGUUUGCUUAGAGGGAAUUAUUGUGUUUAUGUUUUAGAGUCAUUACCUGAAAUGUGAAGUACUUUGAGAUGACCAGUGCAGUGAUUGGGUGCUAUGUAAAUAAA